AUGCAACCGGAACGCAAAUACAGGAGUAUUCUUCCAGGUCCUCCAGCCAACACCUCCUCGAGAUCCCUCAACGACGACAAUGGGGAAGCUACUUCUUCCACAAGCGGAGGCAUCGGCGGCCAGGAGGGUUCCAAAAGGAAGCGCCGAGGGACCGCCAAGGCGUGCAACAACUGUCGGGAGAAGAAGAUAGGGUGCAAUGGUUUACAUCCAUGUAGCCACUGUCAGCGCCGCGGUCUGACUUGCGAGUACGUCGCCAUCUCCAAGACCAUUCUCAAUUCCAUCCCUCAGGGAAUGAAGCUGCUGGAUGAAUCAACAGCGAAGACCCAAAGAGACGCGGCGGAAGUCCUCGCUAUCCUUCGUUCUCUCCCCGACGACCAGGUUCGCGACGUUCUCCAGCAGUUGCGCGCUGGCGGGGACGCCUCGAACAUGGUCGCCGCUCUCCGUGGGCAGCUCCAUUCGGCCUACGAUGUUCCCUUUCACGGUACCCUCCAUGGAGUCCCGCCGCCCGACCAGAAUUCGCUCGAGUUCGAGCUGAUGGUGCGUCACUCCAUCGCCUACUCACAUUGGGCUCCGACGGAACUCCCGCAGCUAGACUUCGAGCUCUCUGCGAGGCCUGGCCAGGGCAUUGCGGUGGAGUCCCCUUCGGCGGCAAUCUCGCCCGUGUCAGCGGACACUCCUUCGCCCAUGCCGCCAACAGAGUCAGAAUCUUCCUUUUCCAGUAGCCGAACCAGGUUCCAGCAAGAACCACGAGAAAGCAGCAGCUCGAGUCUCAGUCUCAGUGUUCCAGUCAGAGUCGGCAGCCGAGAAGCAGGGCCAGCGGAUUUUCAACCCCUCUGCGACGAAAGGCUACACAAAGUUGACAUAUCGGUGUGGACGAAUGUUUCUGUUGCCCCUGACUCCGCACGGAGGGCUCUGUCUUUGUAUCUUGAGACCGACCACACCUUCACAGCCUUGUUCGAUGUUGACCUGCUUCUCGACAGCCUAGUCUCUGGCAACACGCGCUUCUGCUCCAGAUUGCUCUUUAGUUCGCUUCUUAGCUGGGCUUGUCAAUCAUACACCGCAUUCGAAUCCGAGGCAGCCGCCUGGAGUUACGCGUUGUAUGACGAGGCGGCACAGCUUUUGGAGCGGGAUCGUAACCUUGGACUGCUCACUCCAGUCACUGUCGCGGCACUGCUCUAUAUGAGCAUGUCUUCCAUGUGCCACGCAAAGAGUACUACAGACGCCACGAGACACCUUGAAAGCGCAAUCGAGCUAGCCAGAAGUAUCGGGCUGUUUGGGGUUGCUGGUGAGGAAGCAAACGAGGAGGACUGGUCGGGUGCUGCGGCAGAUGUGCUUUGGAAUCAAGCUAUGGCGCAAACCGCUUGGGGCAGUUUCGUUUACAUCACGUAUGUUGGGCACCCCAUGGAAGCCGUUUUCAGUCAUGCGACGGUGUUCCUGAGAAUUCUGGCGGCUCGAGGAUGGUAA